GUCCCAUCCAUCAAGCAAAUGAUCAUGAAAAAUGAUUCAUCGGUGAUAGAGUUUAUUCUUAUGGGAUUGACAAGCCAACCUGAGCUCCAUCUGCCUCUCUUUUUCCUGUUCCUGGUGAACUAUAUUAUCACUGUGAUGGGAAACUUGAGUUUAAUGAGUCUAAUUUGCCUGAAUUCACACCUCCACACCCCCAUGUACUUCUUUCUCUUUAAUCUAUCAUUCAUUGAUUUCUGUUAUUCAUUUGUCAUUACUCCUAAACUGCUAAUGGGCUUUGUAUCCAAGAGGAACACCAUAUCCUACACAGGAUGCAUGAUCCAGCUAUAUUUUUUCUGUUUUUUUGUCUAUUCUGAGUGCUAUGUGCUGGCAGCCAUGGCCUGUGAUCGCUAUGUGGCCGUCUGUCAGCCCCUGCUGUACACUGUCCUCAUGUCCCCUAGGACUUGUUCUCUGCUGAUGUUGGGUUCAUACCUGAUGGGGUUAGCUGGUGCCAUCAUCCAUACCGGGUACAUGAUCAGGCUCAGCUUUUGUGAUUCCAAUGUCAUCAAUCACUACAUGUGUGACAUCUUUCCUCUCCUCCAGCUCUCCUGCAGCAGCACUUCUUCCAACGAUCUUGUGAGUUCUAUUUGUGUGGGUAUAUCAGCCAUAUUAUGCAGCCUAGUUAUCUUAAUGUCCUAUGGUUUGAUUCUUUUUAAUGUUAUCCAUAUGUCAUCAGCUAAGGGCUGGGCCAAAGCCAUGAGCACCUGUGGUUCUCACAUAAUCACUGUUGGGCUAUUCUAUGGGUCUGGUCUACUCACACAUAUAAAACCAUCGUCUUCUGGGGCUGUAGGGCAAGGGAAAUUUUUCUCCGUGGUUUACACGCUUGUGGUGCCCAUGUUGAAUCCUCUCAUUUAUAGCCUCAGGAACAAGGAUGUCAAACUUGCAGUGAAGAGAACCUUCAAGAGAAUCACAAACUGA